ACUUGCAAUAAGGUUCGAGAAGGUGAACGAUACAAUGAUAGAAAUCUUCAAGAAAGCAACCAAGGAUAAAAUAAUCUUCAAUCAUCUGAUACAUGAGGAUCUUAUUUCGGAAGGAAUUUCGAUUAUGUGUCGACAACACCAUCAACUAUGCCAAAGGAUGAGGAUUCUGAAUGAUGCUUUUGGAUUUCAACAAUUGACUUCGAUUGCUGUUUCAGUUUGUAACAUUCUGUUUCAGACAUAUUAUUUGUAUGUUAUUCUCGCAGAAAAUAAUAUAACUCCACUUGCCAUCAUAACUCCGCUCAUUUGGACUUUGGAUGAAAUGAUGGAGAUACAACUGUUGGUUACUUCUUGUGUAGAAGUCUGUGAUAAUGCAAAUUCAACAGCUGCUAUUUUACAUGAUAUGAGGAACAAUAAUUUCAAUAUUUCACUUGAAGAAAAUGUACAAACAUAUUCCUUACAAAUGCUCCAUCAAAAGAUAGAGUUUUCUGCUAUGGGAUACUUUGUUAUUGAUUAUACCCUCAGCUAUUCAAUAGUGGGUGCAGUGACGACGUACUUGGUAAUUUUCAUUCAAUUUGAUCAAGGGAGUCGUAAAAGUGUCAUGGUUGAUACAACUACUUCUUCAGAUGAUACUUUUUCGUUGAUAGCGAAUACAACUAGUUCUUAUGCAAUGAAUUUUCAUUGAAGAUUCAAUAAAUAUAUCAUUAUAAGUAAU